CAGGGCAUCGGCCGCUCGUGAACGAUGACUCGGCUAGCCUCCUUCAAGCGAAUGGCACACUGGCAGAGGACCACGGCCACCCUCCAAGCUGAGCACAUCCAUCAAACAAAGAAUGGUUUCUUUUCCAGGGCCCUCCAUUCUAAGCAAGUUGAGAGCUGGUACGGUUUCCAGUACCUCCAACCAAGGGUUUCUCGAUGACAACGGAAAGUGGAGAGUUAGUAUGACAACAUUGGGGAACAAGUGAAGGAGAUCAGAGAAUGGAAAUAAACCAUCUUCAGCGUUGGAAUUCUGGAGACAAACCGUGUCUUCGCAUGCCAUGGGCGCUUCCAUCUCUCCAUGCAUAAUCUCCAUAGAUUGACCAUAUAUAUACAGCUACACAACAGACUUUAAUAUUCACUCAAGUGAAGACCCAUUACACCUAAGGGAAGCCUUAUGCUUCCCGUGCGCCUUAUGUAGUACUAGUGCUCAAUGCAUGUAAAUCUUGAGAGAAAAAAAAAAGAUUAUUGAGGUGA